AUGAAUGAAGAUGUGAUAAGUGAAUAUGUGAUAAGUGAAUAUGUGAUAAGUGAAUAUGUGAUAAGUGAAUAUGUGAUAAGUGAAGAUGUGAUAAGUGAAUAUGUGAUAAGUGAAUAUGUGAUAAGUGAAGAUGUGAUAAGUGAAUAUGUGAUAAGUGAAGAUGUGAUAAGUGAAGAUGUGAUAAGUGAAGAUGUGAUAAGUGAAGAUGUGAUAAGUGAAUAUGUGAUAAGUGAAUAUGUGAUAAGUGAAUAUGUGAUAAGUGAAUAUGUGAUAAGUGAAUAUGUGAUAAGUGAAUAUGUGAUACGAACUUGUGAUAUAUGA